UCCCUACCUUCCUCUUCCUUCACACACUUUUUCUCUUUUCUCAAAACUUUUUUUCCGUACCGAAGAAAAAAUAUGGCGGCAAAAAUAAUGACAGUAAUGGUGGUUGCUGCUCUGGUGGCGACCACAGUGAACGCCAGAAUCCCCGGAGUUUACACUGGAGGUCCAUGGGUCAACGCUCACGCCACUUUCUACGGAGAAGCUGAUGCUUCCGGCACUAUGGGUGGUGCGUCUGGGUACGGGAACUUGUAUAGCCAAGGUUACGGUGUGAACACUGCUGCCUUAAGCACUGCCUUAUUCAACAGUGGUUUGAGCUGUGGAGCUUGCUUUGAGAUCAAAUGUGUCAAUGACCCAGGCUGGUGUCUUCCAGGAAACCCAUCAAUACUUAUCACCGCAACUAAUUUCUGUCCCCCUAACUUUGCUCAAGCUAGCGAUAAUGGUGGUUGGUGUAACCCUCCUCGUGAGCACUUUGAUCUUGCCAUGCCUAUGUUUCUAACCAUCGCUAAGUAUAGGGCCGGUAUUGUCCCCGUCUCUUACCGCAGUGGGUGUUGCAGGGUCCCAUGUAAGAAGAAGGGUGGUAUAAGAUUCACGAUCAAUGGAUCCAAGUACUUCAACUUGGUGUUGGUAACUAACGUAGCUGGAGCCGGAAACGUCCAGAUGGUGAGUGUGAAAGGAAGCAACACAGGUUGGUUAGGUCUAAGCCGGAAUUGGGGACAAAACUGGCAAUCCAACGCAAUUCUUGUCGGCCAGUCUCUUUCUUUCAGAGUCAAAACCUCAGAUGGUCGAAGCUCCACCUCCAACAACAUCGUUCCCAGUAACUGGCAAUUUGGUCAGACUUUCUCCGGCAAGAAUUUCCGCGUCUGAUCUCUAGAAGAUUAACAAAAAAAUUCUUCAGAAGACAUAUUUGCAAUCUUUUUUUCUCUCUCUCUUUCUUAUAUAUAUAUUUACGUGUCUUUAAUAUUAGUUACGGUUUGGAAUUGGGGUUUUGCCAUCUUUCCCUUAUUUUCUCAGGGAAAGUAUUGGGAUUGUUUGGUUUGGAAGUUAGGUUUUAUUUUAAAACGUUUAGGCUUUGUUGGGUGUGUUGUGUCUUGUUUGGUUAUGUAGAGAGGCUGAAGCGGCUUCAGAAAGAAAGGGUUGGGAUAAAGAUAAAUGUAGCCCGCAGCCCUCCUUUACGCUCUGAUUGUAUUAAGUAUAUAAAUAUAUGAUAUUAAUAAAUAUUAUAUAAAUGAAUGAU